GACUGCAGCAAUAUGUGGAAAUAUUGCUUCAAUACUCCGAAGGAUUGUCCUCUUGUUAAUGAUCAGGAUCCUCCUGUGGUCAAAGGCGAUGAGAAUCCAGAACGUGGGAACUGGACCAACAAGACAGAAUACAUGCUGUCCAUGAUGGGUUAUGCUGUUGGUUUGGGAAAUAUUUGGAGAUUUCCGUAUUUAACCUACAAAAACGGAGGGGGAGCCUUUGUCAUCGCCUAUUUGAUCAUGCUGAUUUUGUGCGGGAUUCCUUUGUUCUUCCUGGAAAGUGCCAUCGGUCAGUUCUCCAGUCAAGGUCCAGCCAACGUAUGGAGAGCGGUGCCGCUACUUCAGGGUGUCGGCAUCGGCAUGGUGUUUUGCUGCUUCCUGCUGUCCAUAUACUACAACGUCAUCAUCGCCUACGGGUUCUUCUACUUGUGUGCUUCCUUCCAGUCUCCCCUGCCGUGGUCGACGUGCCUCAGCUGGGUCAACAAAAACUGCAGCGACAAGUCUUUAGUAAAUUGCAACCUAAGUGGUGUCGUAAGGACCAACUGGACCCAGGAAAACAUCACCGGUUCUUCAUCCAACAAGAUGAGCGUUCCAGUGCAGAGCCUCAGUGAGCAGUACUGGGAUCACGUGGCCCUACAGAGAUCCAGGAGCAUCGAGGAGACUGGUCCAGUCAUUUGGUACUUGGCUCUCUGCUUGCUGCUCAGCUCCAUGGUUGUUGGUGCAGCGCUUGUCAAAGGCAUCAAGUCGUCAGGAAAAGUUGUGUAUUUCACGGCUACGUUCCCGUACGUGGUGCUGAUGAUCCUGCUGAUCAGAGGGUUGACACUGGAGGGAGCCAGAGAUGGGAUCGCCUUCUACUUUGGGUCGCAGUCCAAUCUCACUAAAUUGAAAGAAGCGGAGGUAUGGAAAGAUGCAGCCGCCCAGACUGCGUUUUCACUCUCCAUUGCCAACGGAGGAUUGGUGACUCUGACUUCCUACGGCAAAUUCCACAAUAACGUGGUCACUGACUCCAUCGCCAUGACCUCGGUUAACCACGCGACGAGUAUUUUAGCAGGUUUCGCCAUCUUUUCCAUUUUGGGUCACAUGUCUUACAUGUACAGAGUUCCCAUCGGUGAUGUGGUGAAAGACGGAUUUGGCCUGGCAUUCAUUGUGUACCCGGAAGCCCUCACCAACCUUCCCGUUUCCUCAUUUUGGUCAAUUCUUUUCUUUUUUAUGAUUUUCAUUAUUGGCCUCGACACUCAGUUCACACAAUUAGAGGUGAUCUGCACAAGCUUGAUUGAUGCCUUCCCUAAAGUCCUCCAACCUAAGCGAGCCUAUGUAAGUAUAGGAUUAGCCUUUGUCGGUUUCCUCCUGGGCUUGCCAUUAGUCACAAAGGCUGGAAUAUACUGGGUGACACUAAUGGAUUCAUUCACUACAACCUGGGUGACGCUCAUUUUGGCUCUCAUGGAGACGGUCGGCUUUUGCUUUAUAUACGGGGGAAAUCGAUUAAUUGCGGACAUUGAGAUGAUGAUCGGGAAAAGGAGCUUCUGGUUCUGGCUAUGGUGGAAAGCAUGCUGGUUCUUUAUUAGCCCGUGUAUCCUGUUGGCCAUCCUGGUGUGGUCUCUGAAGACGUUUACGCCCCCAAGCUACGGAGGGGUGCAGCUUCCAUCCUGGGCAGUGGCUCUUGGCUCCUGCAUGGCAGCGUUGCCGCUGGUAUGGACGCCCAUCAUUGCUGUUGAAAAGCUGAGCAGAGCAGAAGGAAACCUCUGGGAGCGUCUGAAAUCAACGUGUUCUCCCUCGGAGGAGUGGCAUCCUUUUCUGGACGUCCAUCGAGGAGAGCGUUACUCGGAAGAACGUUGCAGAAAAAAAGGACAAAACAGCAAAAUAUGAUCCUCAAAUAUAGCUGCAGUC